AUGGAGCUUGCAGGCGAGACACAAGGGGGCCAGGAUUUCGUCAUUAAUCUGCAACCACGAUUUUAUGGCUUCUAUGACAACGUGGCCCAGUUCGAAUCCUCCUACACAGAAGAGCAGAGCGAGGCGGCUGAAGAACCAGCAACGGCGUCGGCGGUGACGGUGAGCGUGGUGGUCAUGAUCAUUGUAUAUUCCAUUAUCGCCACAUCACGAGAUUACUAUGGCGGAGUGCCGCACAGACGCAAUUGGUGGUGGAGCUUCUUCAGGCGAAAGCUGAGCGAAAGCGACAAACGACCACACGAAGAGACGGGUGGCGGGUCGCAGCGCGCCAUCGCACAGAAGCACGAGCCGGCGGGAGGAGGGGAGGACGACGCGGGGCUGGGCAAGACGUGGCUUCGGACGUGCGACAACUCCAAGCAAGGGCGAACCUACGUCACCGACGAGCGUGGCUAUGUGUGCCGGUGGGAUCAGAUGUACUCUGGAGCGGGGUAUGGCUGCUGUUGGGAGUCAGAUCGCACGAAUAUCUCGCGCUACUCCUGCCAACAGUGCGACAUCAAGACUACGUGUUGCUUGGAGUACGAGUUUUGUGUAUCGUGUUGCCUCAACCCAAGCCAAGAGCAGCGCGUUGCCAGUUGGCUACAGCUCAACAUUGAAGACUCCCGCGAGCGAGAGGAGAUGGCGCCUCUUUCUCUAUUCGAGCAGUGCCUCGCCCUGUGCCGCACGUCAUCAGCCUCGAUUCUGCGACAGCACAUCUUCAUCUCGCCCUCUCACUUCUGCUAUGCUGGUGUACCAUCAUAG